AUGCCCCAAAUCAACCUAGAAAUCCCCAUCUUCUCCCCCUCCUCCGCCUCCUCCGCCCUCUCCCACGGCGCCACCCGCCUCGAGCUCAACGCCCCGGGCUCCUACCCCGCCGGCGGCCUCACCCCACCCCUAUCCGCCCUCGCCUCCCUCCUCUCCUCCUCCUCCUCCUCCCGGUCCCUCCCCAUCGACGCCAUGCUCGCCAGCAUCCGCCACUUUAAAGCAUCAGGGCUCCUCGACCCCUCCCGCGGCGACGGCUUCGUCUUCGGCAUCCUCCGCCCCUCCUCCUCCUCCUCCUCUGCCGCCGUUGUACUAGACUCCGACGCCAACGCCAGGCUCGUUACCGAAGCCAAGCCCUUUGGCUGCACUUUCACCGCGCCUUCGACUCCCUCCUCGCCCGACCACAUCGACGCCCUCCUCGCCUGCGGCUUCGACGCCGUCCUUACCUCGGGCGGGCCCGGCAAUGCCUCCGACAACCUCGCCCGCCUUGGCGACCUCAUUCGCGCCGCCGCCGGACGCCUUGAUGUGCUCAUUGGCGGCGGAGUGAGGGCCUCGGGCGCCGCCGCUCUUCUCGAAGCCGCGGGGGCCGCGAACCGCGUCUGGCUCCAUAGCUCGUGUAUCGGGGCUGGGGAAACGGACGAGGUCGAUGCGGGAGAGGUCGCGGCCCUAGUUGAGGUCAUCGGAGAGGCUGUCCUUGGCUCGAAACAAGGAUGA